AUGGCACUGGGCAACACUGGCUUCUCCACGUGCACCGAAUCCCUGUCCGUCCCAGUCCCAGAUAAAGGGGAGGAGCCAUUGGAGGAGGCCCCAAUAGAUGCCCCACCUCCUACUGUUAAGAAUGCAUCUGAGGUGCUGGGGCACGUGGUAUCCACAGAGGUGGCUCCACCUCCUCAUCCUGCAACCAAUAACAACAUGUCUUUCCAAGACAAAUUGGCUGCAAGGGAGGCACAAGCCAAUCAGCCCCGGAAGAAAAUUCAGGGAGCGGGGCCAGAGAGAGGCAGGUUUGGAUGGGGACGCAGUAAGAGGCGUAAGAGGCAGCGUUAUGUGGAGAAAAAUGGGAGUUGUAAUGUGCAGCAUGGUAACAUGCGAGAGACAUAUCGUUACCUGACGGAUAUUUUUACCACCCUGGUGGAUCUGAACUGGCGUUGCUCUCUCUUCGUCUUUGUCAUGGCGUAUGCGGUGACCUGGCUUUUCUUUGGAGCAAUAUGGUACCUCAUUGCAUACUGCAGGGGCGAUUUGGAUCAUUUAGAAGAUGAGACAUGGACUCCAUGUGUGAAUAAUGUUAAUGGAUUCAUCUCAGCGUUCCUCUUCUCCAUUGAAACGGAGACGACCAUUGGCUAUGGUCACCGUGUCAUCACUGAUCAGUGUCCAGUAGGAACCAUGUUACUCCUGUUGCAGGCUAUACUGGGAUCUAUGGUCAAUGCUUUCAUGGUUGGAUGUAUGUUUGUGAAGAUCUCGCAGCCGAAUAAGCGUGCAGAGACGUUGGUGUUCUCUCGUAACGCUGUCAUCUCACUGCGGGACGACAAGCUCUGUCUGAUGUUCCGGGUCGGGGAUCUGAGAUCCUCCCACAUUGUGGGCGCCAACAUGAGAGCCAAACUUAUCAAAUCCAAACAGACGCAAGAGGGUGAGUUUAUUCCUCUGGAUCAGACAGAUAUCAGCGUGGGCUUUGAGACGGGGGACGAUCGUCUGUUCCUGGUGUCUCCACUGGUGAUCUCUCAUGAGAUCGAUGUCCGCUCGCCGUUCUGGGACAUGUCCCAAGCCCAACUGGAGAAAGAGGACUUCGAGAUUGUCGUCAUCCUGGAGGGAAUGGUGGAAGCUACAGGUAUGACCUGUCAGGCGCGGAGCUCGUACCUGGCCGAAGAGCUGUUAUGGGGUCACAGGUUUAUUCCGAUGAUGUCACUGGCUGAGGGAUUCUUUGAUGUGGACUAUGGAGCUUUUCACCAUACAUUUGAGGUGGACACGCCCUCCUGUUCUGCAAGAGAGCUGGCAUUAGCUGCUGCUCGUUUGGACGCUCAUCUCUAUUGGUCGAUCUCCAGUCGCCUUGAUGAGGAGAAAUGGGAGGGGCCUAAUCUGACUGAGCAAACAGGAAAAUCCACUGACUCGGAAUCUGUCAGGGAGGGAGACGGGCCAACAUUUAUUGUUGUCGGAGUUACAAAUACCCUGGACCAAUCGGUUGUAGGGGAGCAGAACGGCAGUGUCACAACUGACCAAUCAGAGUCUGAGGCUUAAAAGGAUGCAAGUAAAAGGUACUGGAAAUGUU